AUGGAGAAAAAACAUAGGUCCAGGAGGAAGUGUUCCGUGUGUCGCCUUCCAGUGAAGGGUCACCCGGGCCCUUGUGGCCCUGGCAACUGUGUAUACGAACAAGCGCCGGGCUCGUCUGAUGAAGACUUUUUCUACCGGUUGAGGAAUGAGAGGAGGCUACAAGACAGAGUCAGUCAACUCAGGAGAGAAAGUAAAUUGGAGGACAUUGCAAGGAGUGCAUGGUCAACAGCUACUUCAGAUGAUGGGGAAGACAAAGUUGAAUACAGACCCACAUCCGUUCCUGCCAAGACAUUUCCCCGGUCGCCGGGAUCUUCUCGUGGGAACCAGGCUCGGCAAGCCAGGGCACGCAGUGAGCCAGCGAAGAUUUCCCGCCGUAAGCCAGCGAGCACAGGGGCACAGGACGGCGAGUCGACCGAAUCCGAGGACUUACAGCGCUAUACGGUGAAAGAUCUCAGAUCGUCCAAGGGGUUGGUCAAGGAGGUGGACCAAGUUCUGGAUGAUCUGUUGGACCCAACAUCGCGUCCGCGGUACAAGAAGAGCGCUAGGUACAAACGCUCUGCUGGGGUUAGAGCUGAAACCCCCUCAGAUACCUCAUCGUCAAGCAGCAGUGAGGACCCGGGCCCGCGCGGAGCACGCUCGGCUCGCCCGCGUAGUUCAAGACCAGACAAACACCACAAGGCACGGAGCCUGAGUCGAUCAAGGAAGACAAGAGCCCAUUCACCUCACAGACACAAGGUGCAGAGCUAUAGCCGCCAGCCUUAUAGUUCGGACACUUCGUCUUCCCGUUCGCGUGGCAACAAGAGAAGUAACAGGUACAAACGCUCCACAAGUAUUCGAGCGAAUGCCCCAUCAAGGCCCUCUGAUUUCUCGUCGACUAGCAGCCAAGAGGAUCUCCCAAGCAGAGCCCGUUCGGCCCGGCCACGUUUUUCUAGACCAGACAAGUACCACAAGAAACGAAGCCCGAGUCGACCAAGGAAGUCUAGAGCUCGUACGCCUCACAGACGCAAGUCACGGACGCACGCCCGCCAGCUUAGUUCGGACACUUCGUCUUCCCGGUCACGUUCAAGGGACAGGCGAAAGAAAUCAGUGCUUGCCUACAAGUCCGCAACAUUCAGGAGCAUCAUGCGAGCAAAGACUGCCCGUACAGAGACCCUGCCUUUCGCCUCGCGCAAACCAUGCAAGCGGAGGCUGGGAGAGGCACCGCCCCUCCCCCAGCUCAGGCCGGCGGCGCCAGUGGACAAAGACAAGGCGAUCGAGUUGCAUCGGGCCGUGUGUGAGAGCGCGUGUUACAACUUUGAAGGCGCACGUAUACCGGAUCUCCCGAUGUUACAAAGGCUGGAGGCCCUGGAGAGGGCGUAUAUGGCGGAUGGGGUGAGGGAGGCCCUGGAACAAGUACUUGACCUGGCUAAGGCGCCGUCUUAA